CACGUGGGGCGUUCCUGUCCAUUUGAGUUAGCGGAAACAUGGCGGGUUUAGAGCUGCUGUCUGACCAGGGUUACCGGCUGGAUGGCAGAAAAUCCACCGAGCUGCGGAAGGUCCAGGCCCGUAUGGGAGUGUUCGCUCAGGCGGACGGCUCUGCGUAUUUGGAGCAGGGAAACACCAAAGCUCUGGCUGUUGUCUACGGUCCUCAUGAGAUGCGUGGUUCACGGGGUCGGGCUCGAUAUGAUCGAGCUGUCAUCAACUGUCAAUACAGCAUGGCUACAUUCAGCACAGCAGAGAGGAAAAGGAGGCCACACGGAGAUCGCAAGUCAACUGAGAUGAGCCUCCACCUGAAGCAGACGUUUGAAGCUGCAGUGAUGACCCAGCUCUACCCACGCUCACAGAUUGACAUCUAUGUCAAGAUUUUGCAGUCAGAUGGAGGGAACUACAGCGUUUGUGUGAACGCUGCAACUCUGGCUGUGAUUGACGCAGGCAUCCCCAUGCGGGACUAUGUGUGCGCCUGCACAGUUGGGUUUGUGGAUGAGACGCCACUCGCUGACCUUUGCUACGCAGAGGAAAGUGGAGGGGUGAGCUCACUGGCCUUAGCACUGCUGCCCCGAGGUGGACAGAUCGCUCUGCUGCAGAUGGACGCCAGACUGCAUCAGGAUCACUUAGAGACUCUGAUUGAAGCUGCCAUGACAGCCUGUAAAGGUGUGAGCAAGGUGCUGGAUGAAGUGGUGCGACAGCAUCUCCAAGAAGUUUCUGUGCUCUCUGGAGAGUGAUGCAGGGAGGAGGGGGGCAUCAGACCUAAGAGGGUCAUUGGACUGAUUAGGGAGGGAUGAUGGGAAAACCUUGGAAAAAUUGUUUAUUUUUUAUUAAUUUGUAGCAGUUCUACUUUUGUACAAAAUAUACAUGUAGUAAAUAAAAUGAUAAAUAUUUGAA